CAAAUGCCGCCAGGUUCACGGGAGAGGAAUCUCGGUAUGAUCUCUAUCUCAGAUCUGCUUUGCCCUCGAGGAUCUGAGAUGGAUGACGCCGCGACAUCUCAACCCCUUCCGGCAGCUACAUCAGGGCGUAGCAAGAAAAAGCCAAAAACAUUCCGAUGCCGUUUCUGUCCUGACAUUUUUCACCGCCUAGAGCAUAUACAGCGCCAUGAACGGACACAUACGAAAGAAAAGCCAUUCUCAUGUUCCUGUGGGAAAGCAUUCGCACGGCGUGACAUAUUACUGAGGCAUGAAAAGCUAGUGCACGAUGAAGGAGUUGAUCGCGAUGAUGGACGAUCGCGACCCUCUUUGGCUGCUACCAUACCAAGUCCUGUGACCACGCAUGCGUCUGUUGACACAAAUAGACUAUCAUCCGAAUGGACUUCUCACAACUCCAGUUUCCCAUCUACCUUUGCUCCCCCAAGUCUCUCAAACAAUACCCCUGUAUCUUCGAUGUCACAACCUGCAUUCUUCUCAGGGCAGUUCGAUCCCGAAGAUGAGAAUAUUGCCAGUCUUCCACCUGUCUACGUUGACAGGCAUGACUUCAUCAUACCUGAUGCCGUCGACAUACCCGGGGAUUACAACUUGUUCUUUGAUAAUUUCGACAUCUCGAAUUUCUACUUACCGGCCACUGUUUACGAUUCCGAGCUCCCUGUAUCCCUGUGGUCCAGGCCAAAUAAUGUUCAUGAUGUGGAGCAGCACCAAAACAUGGACCUCAAUUCCAUUUCUGAGAACACCAAUGAUGCCACCGGCCAUUUUGACUCACCUCCACCAUUACAACGCUCAGAAGAUCGGACUCUAAUGGGAAGCAAGCCUCGGCCUCAGGCAGACUUCCUCCGUGCCGGGCCACCAUGGAAGGUCUCCGGCCAAGACUACAGAACGAUUCAAGACAAAUUGAAGGACUUUGUGGGAAUUUUACCGAAGGACUUUAUCCUACCAACACGACACACUCUAUCUCGUUACUUCGAGGGAUACAUCACUGGAUUCAACCAGCAUCUCCCGUUUCUUCAUAUUCCCAGUUUCUCCGUGUCGAAAUUCGUCCCCGAGUUAGUUCUUGCCAUAGCUGCAGUUGGUGCUCAGUAUCGCUUCGAAAAUGCCAGGGGCAACAAGCUAUGGUAUGCUGCCAAAUCAGUUGCUACUGAACAAAUCAAGAAAAGACAAAGCCAUCAAGUUGCUGAUAUCUUGUCAUCGCCGACGCCGAGAAGUGCUUCUCUGAGUAAAUCGCCAGUCUCUAAUACAUCACCGGACGACAUCCCAACACCGAGACCCAAUCACUCAUAUGUCGCAGCAGGCAGGAGCUCUAAAGAUGACAUCUGGUCUCCAUCAUCCCAAGCACGACUAGGGACCAUUCAAACACUUCUCAUAAUGAUGGCCAUGGGCAUGUGGGGCCCGCCUCCCUUGCUUCGGGAAGCUACAAGUAUCCAAAACCAAUUGGCUCUGUUGAUUCGAGAGCACGGGCUUCAGACUGUUGAAUGCUCUGAAAGCCAACUGCGUUGGGAAGACUGGGUUCUUUUUGAAAGUGAUCGCCGGACGAAGUGCAUCGCAUACUGCUUCUUCAAUCUUCAUUCCAUCGCCUACGAUAACCCGCCAAUUCUACGCACCUCGGAACUUAAACUUAAUCUCCCUCAUUCAGCGGAAGAAUGGCGAGCUGCAUCUGCCGAGGACUGGGAGUCCGCAAAGAGAAGUUCUUCACAAGUAGCGCUUUCCUUUCACCACGCCCUAUCCAAGCUUUUCUCUACCGAUGAAGAAGACCUCCCUCCUAUUUCAUCACUGGGAAACUACGUCCUCAUCCACGCCAUCAUCCAACAAAUCUACAUCAUCCGCCAAGCUAGCACGAUUUCCAUCCCCGCCGCCAUCAACGGUAGUUUGCAGGCAGCCGAGAUCUCCAAACUCGGUCAGGUCCUCCGCAUCUGGCAAAUCGGCUGGGAAAAAGCCCCAGAAAGCAGUUUAGACCCCAUGAAUCCCUACGGGCCUGUAGCAUUCAGCUCUACAGCGUUGUUGAGACUCGCCUAUAUAAGACUGCACUGUGAUCUUGGACCGUGUCGAGGACUGGAGACUCGAGAUCCGCAAGUUAUUGCUAGGACAUUGAAGGCGUGUCCGCCGCUUACAAGAAGCCCGUUGAUGAGUAGAGCAAUUCUACAGGCUGCACAUGCUUUGAGUAUUCCAGUGAAGAUAGGUAUCAAAUUUGUGGCGCAUACUCAUACGCUGCUGUGGAGUAUGCAGCAUAGUUUGGGCAAUCUGGAGUGCGCUUUUUUACUCAGCAGAUGGCUAUACAUGAUAUCUGAAUCCAUGGAGGAUCUCACAAUCGAUGAGCGGAACCUACUUGAGAUGGUGCGCAGUAUCGUUUGCGAAACUCACUUUGCAGUAGAGUCGGAAGACGGACGUAGUAUGGAGGGAAGCAUGGGCGUCAGGAAGCUGAGCGUAGCGGUGGUACGGAUUUGGGCCGAGGUAUUUAAUGGCAGUCAUCAUGUGUUUCCCCUCGUAAAAGUCAUUGGAUUGGCUCUGGAAGGGUAUGCGGACAUGUGUGAGCUUGAAGAUGAAAGCGCAGCCUGAGGUGAUUUGAGCUUCUAAAAAGGACCAGUACCCGUCUGAUUCAAAUGUACACCAUACCUUCGUCUUUAAAGAGAAGAACAACCCUUUACCGCUGUCCUUGUUUGAACUCAAAUGUGGGGCAAAUUUCCAGGGCUCGCUUACGAGUAAACAACCAAGAAUUUCACCCGCAAUUGCUAAUUCUUAUAUCAAUCCACGUCUCUGGGAUACGCAAAUUUUUAAAAAAAAAACAGACUGA